AUGAGUUUUGCAAAUGAUAUUUGUUCUGCAUCCCAGUGUGAUAUAUCAUCUGCAUACAAUAAGUGUGCAAGGUACAUGCGUAAAAUAUUCAAAUUUGAUCAAAUGGAUUUUCAGUUUGCUAUGUGGCAAAUGUUUUAUUUAUUUGUUGCCCCACAGAAGUUGAUUAAAAUAUUCAGAGCUAGGAAACUCUCUAAAUCUCAGUAUGCACGAGAUGACCCUGCUUUUUUGGUUCUGUUUGCAGCAGCACUCAGCAUAACCACAAUAGGAUUUUCCAUAGUCCUCAAACUAACAUUUGUACAGUUCAUUAAAUUUCUACUUCUUGUUAUUUUUAUUGACUGCAUUGGCCUAGGUCUCCUAAUUGCUACAUUGUUUUGGUAUUUAACAAAUUCUUUCCUGAAGCCAAAAACUAACUUACAGGAUGUUGAAUGGGGUUUUGCCUUUGACAUUCACCUAAAUGCAUUCUUCCCUCCCCUGAUAUUACUUCAUUUCAUUCAGCUGUUUUUCUAUAAUGGGAUCAUAAGUCAUGAUUGGUUUUUGUCAAUUUUGCUAGGAAAUACUUUCUGGCUAUGCUCCUGUUUGUACUAUUUCUAUAUAACUUUCUUAGGAUAUAAUUCAUUGCAAAUUCUUAACAAUACAAGAUAUUUUCUGGUACCAGUACCUUGGAUUGUGUUAUUAUAUGUAAUAAGCUUAUUUUGUAAGUGGAACAUCUCCCAUAUUGUUAUGAAUUUCUAUAAAUAUAGGGUAUUGUGAGUAAUAUGAUUUUGAAUACUUCCCAACAUUUCUGGUAAUUGAUGUGCACAUCAAUGAAUAAAAUAUUUAAACAUUU